AAAAAGGCUUGCAAGGCUUGCUCUUUCUUCAUCAAAAGCCACACCCCUUCAUUGCUCUUUUGAAGCUCACUCUGUUCAUUUCAUUUCAUUUCGUUUCGUCAUUCUGCUUCUUUUAUUUUUCCAUUUGUCUCCUCCGUGCUUCAAUUGCUUUAUUUUUAGGCUGUUUUGGGAAGAUAAAGUUGGUCUGUGAAUUUGUGAAAGUGCCAUGGCCGAACGUGUUCUGACUCGAGUUCACAGCCUUCGCGAGCGUCUGGAUGCUACUCUGUCCUCUCAUCGAAAUGAGAUUUUACUGUUUCUGUCAAGAAUUGAAAGCCAUGGAAAAGGAAUCUUAAAACCACACCAGCUUCUGGCUGAGUUUGAGGCAAUCACAAACGGCGACCAGCAAAAACUGCAUGAUGGUGCAUUUGUUGAAGUUCUGAAAUCCACACAAGAAGCAAUAGUGUUGCCUCCAUGGGUUGCACUUGCUAUUCGUCUAAGGCCAGGUGUCUGGGAAUAUGUACGAGUUAAUGUUAAUGCCCUUGUUGUCGAGGAAUUGAGUGUGCCCGACUAUCUGCACUUCAAAGAAGAACUUGUGAAUGGAACCUGCAAUGGCAACUUUGUUCUGGAGUUGGACUUUGAACCAUUCACCUCAUCUUUUCCACGCCCUACUCUAACCAAGUCCAUUGGUAAUGGAGUUGAGUUCCUCAACAGGCACCUCUCUGCAAAAAUGUUCCACGACAGAGAUAGCAUGCAACCACUUCUUGAUUUUCUUCGAGUCCACCAGUACAAGGGCAAGACAAUAAUGUUGAAUGACAGAAUACAAAACCUAAAUGCUCUCCAAAAUGUUCUUAGGAAGGCAGAGGAAUAUCUCUCUACACUUGCUCCAGAGACCGCAUAUUCUGAAAUUGACCAUAAGUUCCAAGAGAUUGGCCUGGAAAGAGGGUGGGGUGACACCGCAGAGCGUGUUCUGGAGAUGAUUCAAAUGCUCUUGGACCUUCUUGAGGCUCCAGAUUCAUGCACUCUUGAGAAAUUUCUGGGGAGAAUCCCUAUGGUGUUCAAUGUUGUAAUCCUUUCUCCCCAUGGCUACUUUGCCCAAGAAAAUGUCUUGGGCUACCCCGACACUGGUGGCCAGGUUGUUUACAUUUUGGAUCAAGUUCCUGCCUUGGAGCGUGAGAUGCUUAAGCGUAUAAAGGAGCAAGGACUUGAUGUUAAACCUCGUAUUCUCAUUGUGACUCGACUUCUGCCUGAUGCAGUAGGCACCACUUGCAACCAACGUCUUGAGAAAGUAUUUGGAGCAGAGUAUUCACAUAUACUGCGAGUUCCCUUUAGAACCGAGAAGGGAAUUGUCCGCAAAUGGAUCUCUCGUUUUGAAGUUUGGCCAUAUAUGGAGACUUUCACUGAGGAUGUCGCAAAAGAAGUUGCUGCAGAGUUGCAGGCCAAGCCAGAUUUGAUCAUUGGCAACUAUAGUGAGGGUAACCUUGUUGCCUCCUUGCUUGCUCACAAAUUAGGUGUAACCCAGUGUACCAUAGCUCAUGCAUUAGAGAAAACAAAGUAUCCUGAUUCUGACAUUUAUUUGAAAAACUUCGACGAAAAGUAUCACUUCUCGUGCCAAUUUACAGCGGAUCUCAUUGCAAUGAAUCAUACUGAUUUCAUCAUCACCAGCACAUUCCAAGAAAUAGCUGGAAGCAAGGACACUGUGGGACAGUACGAGAGCCAUAUGGCCUUCACCAUGCCUGGAUUGUACAGAGUCGUCCACGGCAUUGAUGUGUUCGACCCCAAAUUUAACAUAGUCUCGCCAGGGGCAGACAUGAACCUCUACUUUCCUUACACAGAGAAGGACAAGAGAUUGACAGCACUUCACCCUGAAAUUGAGGAGCUUCUUUUCAGUGACGUUGAUAAUGAUGAACACCUGUGUGUUUUGAAAGAUCGGAAGAAGCCUAUUUUGUUCACCAUGGCUAGGUUGGAUCGUGUGAAGAACCUGACAGGACUUGUUGAAUGGUAUGCCAAGAGUCCUCGGCUCAGAGAGUUGGUCAACCUUGUUGUGGUUGGUGGAGACCGGAGGAAAGAAUCGAAAGAUUUGGAAGAGCAAGCAGAAAUGAAGAAGAUGUACGAGCUUAUUGAAACCUACAAGUUGAAUGGCCAGUUCCGAUGGAUUUCUUCCCAGAUGAACCGGGUGAGGAAUGGUGAACUCUAUCGUUACAUUGCCGACACCAAGGGAGCUUUUGUGCAACCUGCAUUUUAUGAGGCCUUUGGUUUGACCGUGGUCGAGGCCAUGACCUGUGGUUUGCCCACAUUUGCCACCGUCCACGGUGGUCCGGCCGAGAUCAUUGUACAUGGAAAGUCUGGCUUCCACAUUGAUCCUUAUCAUGGUGAGCAGGUAGCUGAGCUUCUCAUCAACUUCUUUGAGAAGUCCAAGAAAGAUCCUUCUCAUUGGGACAGUAUUUCUGCGGGAGGCCUGAAACGCAUACAGGAGAAGUUCACAUGGCAGAUUUACUCACAGAGGCUAUUGACACUGGCUGGGGUUUAUGGAUUUUGGAAGUAUGUGUCAAAGCUUGAUCGUCUUGAGAUCCGUCGCUAUCUUGAAAUGUUUUAUGCUCUCAAGUACCGUAAGUUGGCUGAAUCAGUUCCACUGGCUGUUGAGUAGAUAGAUGAUGAAGUGUCGGGCGGAUCAAGUGGAAGUUUGUGUGAGUUGUUGAAUAAAAACACACUUGAGAGAUUGUUUCCAUGAAGAGAGACAGUGAGAGGGGCUUGUGUUUUCCCGUUUCUUCUAGUUCUUUUGUUAUAUCAUUGUUUUCAAUGGUGGGUUUUGUUGUUUAUUUUUGGGCUUUUGGCUUUCUUUUUUAGUCUUUUCUGUUAUGUUAGAAAGAAGAUUGAAUAUUUGAUGUUUGGAAUUGUCAGAAUUAAUAAUAAAUAUCAAAUUUCAGUCUUUUCC